UUGCAGAGAGCAGGAGAUCACUACAGACGGACAGACGAAGUAUCUCUGAUAAAGCUGAUCACUUCUCUAGCGUGAGCAUGUCUGCUGUGACUCUAGCGCUGCUGUUCUUCUUGUCUGUGGGACUGAAGGAGGUCCAGGCCUGCAGCUGUUCUCCAGGACACCCCCAGGAGCUCUUCUGCACGUCUGAGAUAGUGAUGCGAGCCAAGGUAACUGGAGAGAAGAUCAUACACAACAAUGAAAAUCUACCUGGCAUGGGAACAAUUGUAUAUGAAAUCGAAGUGAUAGAGGUCUUCAAGGGUUUUGACAAAAUAAAUGAAAUUCAGCGUGUCUAUACGAAUGAGAUGUCUUCAAUCUGUGGAGUCAGACUGGCCUUUGGAGAGUAUCUACUUUCAGGAAGCAUCCUGCCUGAGGGAUUCUUCAUUUCAAUGUGUGACUAUAUAGAGCCCUGGGACAAACUCUCCUUAAUGCAAAAAGAGAACCUCAAAUACAGAUAUCUGAAGGGCUGUACCUGCACGAUUUUUACCUGCAUUGAAAAGCCUUGUCAACCCAGCACCAAAAAUCUGUGUAUACUGACUGACUGGACAUCCUUAUGGCCAUAUGAAGAAGGAAUAUCGGUUAACCAGUCUGCCUGCAUCAGACACAGCAAUGGCUCCUGUGGCUGGUACGAAGAAACUGUCAAACCUUCUGAAAAUGACACCAUUGACAUGUCUGAAGACUGAGAGCAGGAGUGGUUUCCAAGAAGAUCAGACCAUUCCCAUGCAAACCCGUUAACCUGCUGUACUUUCUUGUAGCCACAUAGAGCACCUUAACCACCAUUGCUUAUCGAUCCAACACAUACCCUAACCCUAACUGUCUAGUGAGCACCUAAUUUAAACAACAACCUAGCAACCACCCAAAACACCUUAGAAACCACUUAGCAUUCCUCAAACAAACAUCAAGGACAUACUCUUCAAAGUAACAUGUACAAUUAAUGGUCCAACUCAAAGAUGUUGUCAUGAGUCUGUUGUGCUCCUUUGAAAAAUGUGUGUGUAUUGUCAAAUUAUCAAUGUGGUCAUUUAACUUUGCCUUUACAUUAGGUCCAAAUCAUUUCAUUUUCUAUUUAAAAAAGGAAUAAAGAGAAGAAAAAAAGAA